UACCGAGGUCAGAAUCAGAAGGCUGUUCUGCUUUCUUUGCAGUUUGGGAGUUAUCCCUUCCCCGCCACUCUCAACACACAUACAGUAUGGCACGUUCCCUUCAGUAUCAAAUGUGCCCAAAAGAUAAAUGAAUGAAAGAGAAGGACGGGUGGGUGGGAGCCUUGAUCACAUGAGGAGGAGCAGGAACUGGAGCCGGAGCUGGGCACCGGCAGUUUCUGCAGAGCAAGUCAGUGCAGGAAGUCGGAACUGCAAAGAAACAACUAAGCUGUCUGAAAGGAUCUUCAUUAAAAGCACCACAACAAGAAGCAUUUUCAGAACAGAAAUGAACAGCUGGACAGCAAAUAACAGUUCCGUCAACAGCAAUGGAACAGAUCUCACUAUCGGCUUUACCUCUUCUGCAAUAGCUGUCUUUUUAUUUGGGACAAACUUUGUACCUGUUAAGAAAUUUGAUACUGGUGAUGGAAUGUUCUUCCAGUGGAUUCUCUGUGCUGCAAUAUGGAUAGUAUCAUUGGUGGUGAACCUUAUUCAGAAAAGCCCGAGGUUUUGGCCUCUUGCUAUGGUUGGGGGUAGUGUAUGGGCUACAGGUAACAUUACAGUUGUCCCCAUUGUUAAAACCAUUGGUUUAGGUCUUGGACUCUUAAUCUGGGCUUCUUUUAAUUUGCUAACUGGCUGGGCAAGCUCAAGGUUUGGCUGGUUUGGAAUUGACCCAGAAGAGGUAUCAAAACCCAUCUUAAAUUAUAUUGGAGCUGGACUUUCAGUGUUAAGCACUAUCAUAUUUCUUUUUGUAAAAAGUGAAGUUCAAAGUUCUUCAGCUUCGUUAGAAGUCACUCCAUUACUGAGAGAAAGGUCAGUCAACAAUUCUGAAAAUACCUAUUCUGAUGCUUCAUGGGUAGACAGUCUUUCUCCAGUACGAAAAAGAGUAAUAGGCUGUACCCUAGCAGUAGUAGCUGGAAUAUUCUAUGGUUCCAGCUUUGUGCCAGUGCUGUACAUCAAGGACCAUGGUAGAAGAAAUGGAACGGUAUACACAGGAGCAAGUCAAUUUGAUUUAGACUAUGUUUUUGCACACUUUAGUGGAAUCUUUCUCACAAGUACCAUAUAUUUUUUGAUCUACUGUGCAGUCAUGAAAAAUAAACCUAAAGUUUAUCCUGAAGCCAUAAUACCAGGAUUUGUUGCUGGUGUGCUUUGGGCAAUAGCCAAUUGUUGCUGGUUCAUAGCUAAUCACUACCUCAGUGCGGUGGUCAGCUUUCCAAUCAUUACUGCGGGCCCUGGCUUUGUAGCUGCUAUGUGGGGAGUCCUGGUAUUUAAAGAAAUAAAGGGAUUGAAAAACUACCUGUUACUCGCCGUAGCAUUUUGCGUAAUUUUGGCUGGGUCACUCUCCACAGCGUUUUCUAAAAUUUGAAGGGAUUGCUUGGACCAGCAGAUGGUGCUACUAGUGAAUAAAAACACUCUAAGAAGACUGCGAUUUCUGACACUUUCUGAGCUGAUUAAUAGAUCUUCACUCUCACAAGAGACUGCUGAAUAUUCAUAAUUCAUGUUUUUUUAUGCCAACUGAGAAAAUUCAGCAGAAUUUGUUUCAGGCCUGAAACAAGUAAAAGAUAAUAUGGAAUAUUUUUUUAAAUAUAUUGGAAGAUGCCAGUGUUGUCUUUCUGGAUGACUGUAGGAGCAAAAAAAGGUUUCAAAUAUUUUUUAUAAUUUUCUGUUAUAGUGCAUUGGUCUAUAAACUAUCAUUGAAUCAGGAUAAGUUUUAAUUCAUCUUUGCAGGUUGGAGGAUAAAGGGAAUGUUAAUUCUGGGUUCUUAAUAUUUUACUUUGCAAGGCAGUACAUUUGUUUUAAUAUAUUGUGUGUUCUGGUGUAUUAGGACUGAUAUACAAAACAAUCUGGCAACAAAGUAACCAUAACAUCACUGAAGCAAGGUUUGUUGGGGGAGGGGGAUUGUUUUGUAUUGUUAAGAUGUUAUCUAUUAACGUGUCAGUUUACAUAAAAAAAUGUAUCGGCUAUUCACUUUAUAGUUUUGAAUGUAAAAGCUCUGUUGUUGAAAUGAUCAUCAAUAAACGUUGUUGACUA